AUGGCCGCCCUCCCCAGGGCUCUCCGCCCACUGGCCCGCUCGUCCACACGCCUACCCACCCCCCUCACCCCAACCCUCCGCCGCACCUACGCCAGCACCAUCCAACCCCGCCCAGCAACCGACACCAAGCCCCCCAGCGCCGCCGAAGCCGCCAGCGAAGACAUCGACAACCUCUCCGGCGACCCCAACAUGAACGGCGACUACCCGGACCCCUCUUUACACUCCGCCUUACCGGUCAAAAGGUCCCUGCGAGACCCUUACGGGGGUCCUGAUGGGCCGUGGUGGGAUCCGGUAGAGAGAAGGAAUUAUGGGGAGACGCUGCACGAGGAUAACGAUAUCUUGGGGGUUUUCACGACGGAGGAGUAUAGGCAUUUUUCGCCGGGGUGGGGUGGGGUGUUGAUGCCCUCAGCACCACGAACAUUCCCUGGCGGUCUCGAAGCAGAGCUCGGCGGUCCAGGAGCCGUGCGCGCGCGGAUGACGGAGGAUGAAGCGAGUGUACUCUAA